AUGGGUCUGAUAAAAUUAAUAAUAGAAAAAGUAAACGAUAAAGAUAAAGGCUUCACAUUUGCAGGUAAUCAAUUCAAAGUUACAAAAGGAGGAUUCAAAUUAUCAUUAUCAAUUUCAAACUGGCUAUUCAAAAGCAAUAUCAAUACAUCCCAAGUACAAAUGACAUCAGACAUACAGAUUGGCUCAUCAAACAGCAACAAUAAAUAUAAUAGAGAUACUCAAAUCAAAUAA